CACCAGGUUUGGCUCCUGAUCUUUAGUGAUGGACCCAGAAGCAACUUCAGCUUAUUUGGAUUAUUUCUAUGCUACAAGCCAAAACCCUGAAAUUGAGGAGGCCCGCUCCCCUGUGCCUUACACAUCCAUCUUCCUUCCCAUCUUCUACACGGCGGUGUUCCUGGCCGGAGUGUUGGGGAACCUCGUGCUCAUGAGUGCCUUGCAUUUCAAACGGGGCAGCCGAAGACUGAUUGACAUCUUUAUCCUCAACCUGGCUGCCUCUGACUUCAUUUUCCUCAUCACGUUGCCUCUCUGGGUGGAUAAAGAAGCAUCAUCAGGACUGUGGAGGACAGGCUCUUUCCUGUGCAAGGCCAGCUCCUACAUGAUCACAGUCAACAUGCACUGCAGUGUCUUCUUGCUCACCUGCAUGAGCGUGGACCGCUACCUGGCCAUCGUGUGUCCAGCCAUCUCCAGGAAAUUCAGAAGGAGAGACUGUGCGUAUGGAGUCUGCGCCAGUGUCUGGUUUAUCUCCUGUCUCCUGGGCUUGCCUACUCUUCUGUCCAGGGAGCUCACCAUGAUUGGUGACAAGCCAUACUGUGCAGAGAAGAGAGCCACUUCGAUUAAGUGGGCAUGGAGCCUGGUGACCCUAAUUUUUACCUUUUUUGCACCUUUGGUGAGCAUUGUGACCUGCUACUGUUGCAUCGCGAGGAAGCUGUGUGCCCACUACCAGCAGUCAGGAAAGCACAACAAAAAGCUGAGGAAAUCCAUAAAGAUCAUCCUUAUUGUCGUGGCAGCCUUUGUCUUCUCCUGGCUGCCCUUCAAUACCUUCAAGCUCCUGUCCAUUGUCUCUGGGUUGCAGCAAGAACUCUACAUUUCCCAAGAUUUUCUGAAGCAGGGCAUGUACGUGAGCGGGCCCUUGGCAUUUGCCAACAGCUGUGUCAACCCCUUCAUUUACUACGUCUUUGAUGGCUACAUCCGCCGGGCCAUCGUGCGCUGCCUGUGCCCUUGCCUGAAGAACUAUGACUUUGGGAGCAGCACCGAGACCUCAGACAGUCACCUCACUAAGGUUCUCUCCAACUUCGUCCAUGCAGAGGAUUUUGCCAGAAGGAGGAAGAGGUCUGUGUCACUCUAAAGGAGACUGGGACAUUUCAAGCUCUGUUGGCUGGAGAGUUAACUUGUCAGCGACAAAGAAAAGUAUUAGUGAUGAUAUUCACAUUACUUCAUAAAUACAAGAGUUGACUUUUGAAGACGUGACUGCAAAGUCCCUGUGUUUGUGGAUAUAAUCAAGCUGUGUGCUGUUUUUUAGCUGAGUGGCCUUAUCUGACCUUUGACAAUCAAGUUCACCAGGCACAAUACAGCUUUGUGGCCUUGAACUCUGAGGGCAAGUCUCCUGCUUGGACCAGCUUUCUUCAGGAGUGUUCGUGCAUGUACAGGCCUUUUCCUCUCCAAGAACCAAGGUGCCUUCCUCCAUACGACCUUUUGCACAGGCUCCAUUUGGACUACAUUUAAAGGAUUCUGCCCACUUUCAUCUGGUGACAAAUGUGGUGACAAUGCAGGUAGAAAAAAAUAUAAUACAUCUAUGCUCUGUAAUUAGUUGUUCCUGUGUAAUGAGUGAGGGUCUGGCCUAAUCUUUGAAACUUUGCAUGGUGAUUCUUUACCAUCUCCAGCACUGUCUUCCACCCUGUGCCUUUCACAGUAACUCUGGCCUAGCCAAAAGCUCCUGGGGAUAAAAUCAUUUUGUAUUGUGUUUAUGAUUGCAUUUAUGAUUUAUUUUAUCACCCGGUUUUCUAGAGUAUUUUAACAAGGAAGCAUAGAGCAAGGUUUGACCUUUAUUUUCUUUAUAAGCUGUGUUGGUAAAAAUGUAUCUCAUUGGAAUGAUGC